AUGAGUUUUAUUUAUUUUAUGGUCUCAAAAUGUGUUUACAUCAAAGCGGGAUCUAAAUUGUUAAAUAUAAAUAAAAAACAACAUUUACUGAUCAGUGAUCAAGACUUUAUAGAUCAUAUCACGGUGACAUCAAUGGAAUACAAAUUCAAGCAUUUAGUGUUUGAUAUACACCCUAAGAACCCGCCAGAAUGGAACCGUCCUCUUUGUGUAAUUGAUCAGGGGAUUGCAUGUAAUGAUGACUACUUGUUCAAAUACAAUCGAUAUCGAAAACAUUCUGCAGAGAAUAAGUCUGAGGAACUUGUUAAUGAAACUUUGAUAAGAUACAAUUUUAUUGCUGAUCGUUGGGAAAAAAUAAAAUGCAAGAAUUUGCCAACUUAUUUUAAGUUAACUUCAAUUUUGUUGUCUGGUAAUUUAAUUAUUAUACAUGGUGGAAAAGACUUUGAGUACAUUAAUAAAUACACUUUUCAAAUUUUUAUCGGAAAUUUGACAAAGAAAAAUCAAUAUGACUGUGUAGAAUUUGAAGAGAUUUGUUCUACAAAUGGUAUACCCAUUACUGAGUAUGGUCAACCAGUUCUUAUAGACGGACAAUUUGUAUAUUUUCUUAAUGGAACAUCUGAAUAUCAAAAUGAAAUGGAUGUUUAUAGGCUUGAUUUAUGUUCUAAAAAAUGGCAGUUAUUAUGUCAAGCUCGUGGUCAAUACCCAAAAACUGAUGAAAGUCUUAGACGUGAAGUGGCCUAUUAUGACAAUCAUUUGUAUAUGUUUGGUGGUGCUCAUGUGAUGAUUCUACUUAAAAAUAUGUUUCUAGACACAUUUGAAGAAAUACAAGUAUUUGACAUAUCAACUAAUAAAUGGGACUAUUUUAAAACUUUACCUGAUCUCCAGAAUUCAUCAUCAUCUUAUCCUGCAAAUCGCUGUUAUUAUGGAUGGGCACAAUGUGCAACCCAACCAGAAUAUGUAUAUAUGAGUGGUGGUUCUGAUAACUUUAACUUUUUCUCAGAUAUUUGGCGUCUAAAUCUUAUCACUCUUCAGUGGUGUAAUCUUAUGCCAUGUAAACUACCCAAAUCCAUGUUUCUGCAUUCAUCUACGAUUGUACCUUCAGGUCGCAUCUACUAUUAUAAUGGAAUAGUCAGUACUGAAGCAAUUGAUAUGUAUCAAAAAGAUGACAUACUGUGUGCAUGGGUUAGAAUCCCAAAAUUGAAAGCUAUGUGUUGGGAUGCUAUGUUAUACUAUUUCAAAAAUAAAAUGUUAAAAUCAUCUCUAGAAGACUUAAAGAAUAUGGGACUACCAUUAGAGUAUUAUGAGAGCAUAAUUAAAGCCAAAACUUUAAUAUAAAUUCAAUGAAUAGUUUAUGUAUUUUAUGAAUAUUGCAUCCUAUUUUAAA